AUAAAUUAUGAUGAAUUUUGUGACAUUAUUUUACUCGGACAGUCUGAAAAUGAAUAAUUUAUCAGUUUAUAUAAUGAUGCAUUGUUAUAGUAAAACUAUUUAUAACAACAUACUUUAACAAUAGGAUUUACCAAUACUGGAAAUGUAUUGAUGAAUGAAGGGCUGAAACCAGGAAAAUUAACCGUUUUCUAAGCAUUGAAAAUGUCUCUAGAAGCAUAUUUAUCAGGGAGUAUAUCAAGUGAUGUACAGAAUGGUCAAAAUAUGGAGUCUUUUCAACCAAAUCCUAUUUAUCAGGACAAUAGUAUAAGUCAUUUUCUAGAAGAAGAUUCAAACAAUUUUGUAAAUCAAAUAAACAAUAGUCAAUUUACCGGAAAUAAUUCUUUGAAUUUCACUGGAAGUAGUUUUCAAAACAUUCAAAACAAUGCAGACAUUAAUAUGGUCUUGGAUGGAGAAAAUGAUCAUGAUCUAGACUUUGAUGAUGAUGAUGAAGAUGGCAAUGAAGAAGUUGAUUCGAAUGAUGACAAUGAAGCAAUAGAUGAUGAGGAUGAAGAUGAAAUAGAUGAUGACAAUGAAGAGGAAGGAAGUGAAGAUGAAGAAGAAUCAGAUGAGAAGAGUGAUGAAAUUGUAAUGGAGAAUGUCAUUGAAAAAGUUUUUGAACCUGAAAAAACAGAAAAAGAAAAAAUUAUGGACAAUGUUAACCGUGUUAUAGAUGAGGUAGCAAAAAAUGUAACAGGCAGUGUUGACUUUGGAGGUGCUCCUCUACAACAGGAAGGUGAAGUAGAAACAAAACCAAAGAAGACUCGAAAAAGGAAAAAGAAUGCUGAUGAUAAGAAAAAAGAAAAGAAAAAGAGAAAAGUUAAAACAACUAAUAUGAGAAAAAAUAUCAGAGAAUUAAUUGAUAACACAGCUCUUGAGUCAACUACCAUUGAAGCACAGACUGAAGAAUUAGAAAGAAAGAAAAGACUUCAGGAGCUGAAGAAACAACUUAUGGAAAAAGAAAAGGAAAAGGAUUCCCAACUAAAAUCACUUUUAGAAGAUGAUGAAGAAGAAAAGAGUAAUGAUGUGAUACUCCUAGACAGUAGUGAUGAAGGAAAAAAUAAGAAAAAAGAUGGUGAUGUGAUAGACAUAAGUAGUGAUGAAGAUGAUAUAAUGAUUACCAAUGACAUGGAAGACAACUCUGUCGAGUCAGAAGACCCGAACAAUAGCGGUAGUCAUAUUGACGAUUCAUUGAACCAUCCAGAUGAACAAGGCAGAGUAUUGGUCAAUAUUGGUCACCCACCAGAUGAACAAGAUAUUUUUCUUGUUCCACAAAUUGCAAAAUACAUUAAAAGGCAUCAGAUUGGUGGUGUUAGAUUUCUGUAUGACAAUCUGAUUGAAUCUCUGUCCAGAUUUAAAAGUAGUCCCGGUUUUGGUUGUAUCCUGGCACACAGUAUGGGUCUUGGUAAAACCAUUCAGAUGAUAGCUCUCAUUGAUGUUUUACUGCGACAUACAGCAGCCAAAUCUGUAUUACUUAUUGUACCAAUAAACACUUUACAAAAUUGGAUGGCUGAAAUCAACAUGUGGUGUCCGGAAUCUGUACCAGAGGGAUAUCCAGAUGUGCAGUUAAGAAACUUCAAAGUUUAUAUUCUCAAUGAUAACUACAAGACACCAUAUUCCAGGGCUAAGGUCAUAGUUGAAUGGCACAAAACAGGAGGAGUGUUGUUGAUGGGUUAUGAGAUGUAUCGACUGAUGACAAGUCGUAAAGGUCAUAUAGCACAGCCAAAGAAACCAGGAAGGAAGGCAGCCGGAAGGGAGACAAUUAUUGAUGUUGAUGAAGAAGAUAAAACUAAAGAUUUGUUUGUUGAUGUUCAUGAAGCUUUACAGAAUCCAGGACCUGACAUGGUUGUAUGUGACGAAGGACAUAGGAUCAAAAACAGUCAUGCUGGAAUAUCUCAGUCUCUUAAAACAAUUAGAACAAGGAGAAGAGUUGUACUAACAGGCUAUCCAUUACAAAACAAUCUGAUAGAAUACUGGUGUAUGGUGGACUUUGUACGACCUAAUUACCUCGGCAACAAAACAGAAUUCUGUAAUAUGUUUGAAAGACCUAUUAUGAAUGGACAGUGUGCUGAUAGUACUGAAGCAGACACCAAGCUGAUGAGAUACAGGGCCCAUGUGUUACAUAGUCUGUUAGAGGGUUUUGUACAAAGGAGAGGACAUACAGUUUUACAAGCAGCUCUACCUCCAAAACAAGAAUUCAUCAUCUUGAUAACUAUGUCUCAAAUACAAAAGAUGCUUUACAAAGAAUUCAUGGACAACUUAGCAGAGACAAGUCUUAAUACUUGGGCAACAACCAAUCCUAUCAAAGCUUUCUCUGUCUGUUGUAAGAUUUGGAACCAUCCAGAUAUCUUGUACAAAAUAGUAAGACAGAAAAAGAUUGAUUUAGAGGAUAAUGACCUUGACAUUGAAACUGAUUCAUCUGGUGUCAAGAAAAAGAAGAAACAAGGUGCAACAGGUAGUCCAGCUGGUAUCUCACCGUUCAUGGACAAGAAAAGUGACCAAGCUAUUACUUAUGAAUGGGCAGAGAAAUUACUGAAAAAUUAUACACCAGGUCAGUUAGAGAUGGGAGGGAAAAUGAUGCUGUUGUUUGAACUGAUCAAUGAAACGCUUGCUGUCGGAGACAAAUUGUUGAUAUUUAGUCAAAGUUUGUACACAUUAAGUUUACUUGAAGAGCUGUUGUCAAAAAUGAAGGUACCUAGACCAGAAAUGGAUGAGUAUUGGUCUAAAAACAAGAGCUAUUUCAGACUUGAUGGUAGUACCUUAGCACAAGAAAGAGAGAAGCUGAUUGGUCAGUUUAAUGCCCCUGAUAACAACAGAGUCUGGCUGUUUCUACUUUCAACAAGAGCUGGUUCUCUUGGUAUAAACUUGAUAGGAGCAAACAGAGUUGUUGUAAUGGAUGCCUCUUGGAAUCCUUGUCACGAUUGUCAAGCUGUAUGUCGUGUGUACAGAUUUGGACAGGUCAAGCCAAGUUACAUAUACAGACUGGUGACAGAUAAUACUAUGGAAAAGAAGAUCUACGACAGACAAGUCAAUAAGCAGGGAAUGUCAGAUCGAGUAGUUGAUGAAUUACAGCCACAGAAUAAUUUCUCCAAGAGACAUGUAGAUAAUUUACUCCAUUAUGAAGAUGUAGAGACGGAUCCUUUAGAUUUUUCUGACUGUAACUAUGGGGAUCAAGCAUUUAAUAAUGUCCUCAGAAGACAGGGUCAUUGGUUAACUAAGAAGCCAUUUACCCAUGAAUCACUGCUGAUAGACAAGAAAGAGCUGAGAUUAAGUAAGAAGGAGAAGAGACUAGCCAAACAGAGUUAUGUAAUGGAGAAGAAGCUGAACUUGACUUACUCCAGACCCUCCUAUGCUGCCUUCUAUCCUAAGGCAGGAGGAGUUCCUAGACCUACACAUCACCCACCAUGGAAUCAGCCAACACCAUUCAAUCGGCCAGUAGCUAGUGUAAAACCAAUGAUGACUACACCUGUUCCUAUGAAACCAAAAGAUGGAGUUUCUAUUAUACCUCAAACAAAACCUGGUGUUACUGUCCACAAAAUAGUAACUACAACAGACAUUACGUUGCCAGGGACCACUACCAACACCCAAUCAGGUGUAACUGCCAGCGGUGGUACUUUGGUAAACAAGAUACCUGCAGGACAGCAAGUUUUUGUUAUCAAGACACCAAAAGGAGUUUAUAUACGAACAAAGGAAGGAAAGAUAUUUGCUGUCAGAGCAAAGACUCCACUACUUAGCGGUAUAUCUACUGCAUCAACCUCAUCUGUAACUACUGUUACUAUCAAAAACUCCACAGCAACAGUGGCACCAAAGAUUGGAACAGCACAGCCAAUUAUAGUAUACCCCAAGACUGGUUCGGCUGUCAUCAACAGGAAACCAACUUCACGACAACCAAGGGCUAUUAAACCAAAUCAAUCAAAAAGUAAAGUUGAUGCGAAAAUUAAAAUGAAUUUAAAUUCUGAAAUAAAAUCUGAAUUGAACAAAAGUGGACCAAGUAGUAUGAUGGAUCUGAACAUAUUGAAAAACUCUGGAACAGACAUAGACUCUUCUGUAAAUAUUCCUACAGAAAUGGAUAUUGAUCCUAGAUCUGCUAGUGUUGCUGCAAUUGGCAGUAUGCUUUCAUUAGACAAUGAAAAGGACACUUUGACUAAAUCUGGCAGUGAGCCAAUUAUUGGUGGAUUAGAUAGUAUAGAAAUGCUAGCCAGGACAAAUAGUCAAAUGGGAAUUGACAGCUUAUCAGGGUCUAAUAACUUGGUUGUUAAGGGCCUGCCUCAAUCAAACAGUCAAACGGGACUGGAAAGCCAAACAGAAUCAAGUACUGAAAACAAUAGUGUCGUAGGUAUAGAGAGACAGAAUAGUUCUAGUAGUCAGAUGAGUUCUGCCGAUGAAGGACAGGUUCAGUUUGACAAUAAUGACAGUCAGUUUGGAUCAGACAUAGGAACAUUUGAUCAAUCAGACAAUAGCAAUAGUAACAGUCAAAUCUUCGAAUUUGAUAACCAAAGAGUUGAUCGUCAACAAGGAUUCUUGGAAUCAUUGUUUGACAUGUCAGAAAUUACUCCAUAUCAGCCGUCAAGACAGGACGCCAAUCAGUCAAUGAGUAGAGUAGACUCAUCAGCAUCAAUAUCAUCAAACAUGGGUCAUAUAGACCUUCGAGAAGACAGUGACAAAUAUCACGAGGAGGGUAAUGACAAUAUGGACUCUUUCAUGUCACGGUAUCCACGGAUCGCUCCAAACACGAGAAGCAAUUAUCCACAACACAAUAAUCCUAUGCCUCAUAUGUUUAAUCCGAUGUCUGGAUUUAACCAAGGUUCGCCACAGAUGGGAUACAAUCCUAUGUACACGCCAUAUCCAGUAUUAUUCCCCCAGAAUUCCCAUCAGUCACAGCCGACCUCAACUAACAAUGGAUCUGUUACCAACACAACACAAAGUGAUUACAUGUCUCCUAUACAAAGUAUGUCCCAGAUGGGAUCCAGUCCCAUAAUGGGAUUUCCAUUCAGCCCCUAUUCCUUUCCAAUGCCAGCACCAUACAUGAUGGGAGGAAUGCCCAAUCCGUACAUGGCAAUGGGUAUGCCACCCCCGUACGGACAUCAAGGUGGCAUGAUGCCACCACCUAACAGUGCUAAUGUGGGUCAACAACAACAACAGCAAACCCUGGACAAAACCACUUGAAUACUAUUUUAUGUGUUGAUCUUUAUAUAUUAGACAUUUUUGAUAUUUUAUGUAAAUGUUUUUUUAGAUCUCAAUUUGCACAGUGUCAGAUCAUUUAUCAUUUUCUAUUUAUCAUUACACAGCCAAUGAUAUUGGGUUUUUUCUAUCAUAUUAUUCAGACUCUGCAAUCAAAAUUUAAAAAAAGUGGUCAACUAAUUUUAAACAAGAAACACUGUAUACUACUAUAAUACCUACAAAAGAAAAUGCUAGAUUCUCUUGAAAAGAUAAGAAAUGUUCUAUAGCAACUCUAGGACAGAAAUUUAAAAUUUGAUUUUUCGUCAGUUUUAUAUAAAGUUAAACAGAAGUUAUAACAAACAAUUUCAAGGGCACAGGACUUUGUAGAAUAAAAUUAAAAAAAUAGUUCCAAGAAAAUGGGAAUAUGUUAUUCCAUUUUAAAAGUAUUUGAUUGUAAAUGAAAUGAAAAUGUAUUUGUAUUACAACUGCAGCAAGUCUCAUUUUAUGAGCACGAUGCUUGUUUUUGUAGUGUUUAUAACUAUUUACUAUCAACUAUAGCUUGUAUGCUCAAUAUACACAUAAACUUGACAAACCAAUUGAUAAGAAAAAAAUCAGUGCUUGAUAUAAAUGCAAAUAUGGGUUUAAGCCAUACCAAAUUGGUUUUUUGUUCUUCAUAUUUGCAUGCUCUUAAAAUUUUGAGAUGAAAAAUUUGAAAAUUCGUCUAAAAAAUACAAUAAAAGCUCUCUUUUUUGUGCUUUCAAUUUUUUAACCACAUUGCAAUAAAUAAAUAAAGUUCAGAAAUAUUAAGAAUUUGAUUGAUUGUUUCCUAAAAUGAAAUCUAAUUUUAUUAUUGCAUUUUGAGUUUCUGGUACAGAAUCAUUUUUUUUUAGAAAAUACCAUGAAUACUUUCACUUAUUUUUUUUUAAAAGCAAAACAAAUUCUAAAAACAGCAAAAUAUUUUAGUAUGGCCUUUAGGUUUUUCACUAUUGUAUUUUGGUUUUUGAUAGUGCCAAAAGAAAACUUUUACAAAGAUUAAACAAUUUACUUUAUAAAGAAUUUAUUUACUAUGCAUAGGUUAACAGUAUCACUAAAUCAAAACACUUAAAAUCAUUUGUAUGAAAGGAAAUCAUUCAAAUUUCAUUUUUUCCACAGUUAUCUUGUUUAAGAAGUAACCUUAACUUAUAUCUUGUAUAAGAAGUAACCUUAACUUAUAUAGAGUUAAAGGGGAGUUUUAUUGAUCUGGUAAUAGUUCGUUAUCUUUGGUACAGACACAAAACUUUGUGGGGUUAUUAAACCAGUUUUACAUACUACCUUUCUGGGUGUUGAAACAAUAAUUUAUAAUAUACAGAUUUUGUAAAAUGUUGUUGUGCAAGUAUGUGUAAUAUUAUGAAUAUUAUAAUUUAAUGCAGCAGUAAUUUAACCCUGCUCUGAAGGAGGGGGUAAGUUGUUUUACCAGUCUGUCAAUCUGUCCCAUGAAAUUUCCGUCAUAUUUUUCUCAGGAACUACAAAUAAGAGCUUCCUGAAAUGUUGUAUCAGGCUUCAUAUGAUCAUGAUAUACUGUGAGGUGGUAAAAAGCAGAUAAAAGCUAACAGACUGAAAUGUUGAAACUGCUAAUCACAUUAUAAAAAUCAUUUUUCUAACACUUACAAUGUAUUUCUAGUACUUUACCAAAGAUAGUAAUUAAAUAUAACAAAAUAAUGUAUUAUGAACAGGGUACAUGAUUUCUAUUGUCACUAUCUUGUAUGCCCUAGUAUUCAAUAAUAUGAAGAUGACAUGGUUCCGUAAGACAGUGAUCUUCAAAUAUUUCCAUGUGCCAUAUGUAAUUCAUAUGUAAAUUAUAUGUAUUUCCUAACUCUUCACAGAUUUUUUCCUUUCCCAUGAAAAAGUCAAUGUCUGAAAAGUCAUGAAACAAAUUAUGCCACUGUGUGGUAUGAUAAUUUUUAUCACUGGGUAGAAUAAUUACCAGAUUUAUCUUUCUCAAAGGAGAAAUAUUGUAUCCAAUUAGAUGUAGUAGUAAUAAUAAAAUACAUUGUGUAUGAAUGUUAUAAUAAAAUACAUUGUGUAUGAAUGUUAUAAUAAAAUACAUUGUGUAUGAAUGUUAUAAUAAAAUACAUUGUGUAUGAAUGUUAUAAUAAAAUACAUUGUGUAUGAAUGUUAUAAUAAAAUACAUUGUGUAUGAAUGUUAUAAAAUACAUUGUGUAUGAAUGUUAAUCUGCAUAAAAAAACAUGUUAUUUGUUUAUACAUGGUAUACCAAAAGCCAACAACUUUAUUUUAUGUCAUCAACAAUAUUGAAUCACUGGAAUAAUGACUUCAUAGUACGCCAACAUACAGGAGAUGAAAAUCUCGUCAUAGCUGUCUGUAUUUCCAGAAACAAUAGAUUUAUGUGUCAUUGAACCUUGACCUACAUUAUGUUAUGUGAUUACACUUUUUUUACAUAUUUUUACAUGUUGUUAAUAUUUUUGUCUUGAUAUGAAUGUUGUAUUGCAUGUCUUAGAAUACUAUGAAAUGAAUUUUAUACUUGAUUGAGGAAUAUAUUCUCAUAACAUGUAUGAUGGUCAAAUUUAUUUUUAGCAAAUUGAUAUAGCAUGACGCAUAUUUUUUGCAUAUUAUCAUUUCUGAUAAGAUAAUAGGAGCUGUUGAAAAAUAAACAGCUAUUGAAAAUUUAAACUGUUAAGAUGAAACACCUUUUUUUUUUAUUAAACCAUAAAUUUUCCAGAAUUCAACCUGACCAAUUUUGAUUACAAUAGCUGUCAGUUGUUUACAGCACCAGCAACAAUUACAAAGAAUUUAUCACUUGCAAGGAAAGUACUUAUAUGAUAGUAGUUAUCCAUAUAAAUUAACAUAAAAUUGAGGUACAAAAAUUAAUGAUAUAUUGGUAUGAUAAUGUAAUAUUCAAAGUGGUACUUCUGUCUCUCUGACUCUCUCCAGAUUAUUGGAGAAAUUAAAGUAAGAAAAAUUUUACUAGGAAAAUUAUUGUUAAUUUUUUAGAAACAGGACUUAAUUUAUUGAAAAAGUCAAUUUUAAUGAGGGUAAAUUUGCGGUUUUAUUCUUUAUUUUAUAAACAACCAAGUCACGAGCCUGUAAUUCAGUGGUUGUCAUUGGUUGCUGUCUGUCACAUUUGUUUUUUCCUUGAUUGUUUAAUCAUAAAUCAGUCCCUUGGUUUUUUCUUUGAACCUUUUCACAUUUCCUCAUGUUACACCCAUUUAUAGCUGAUUAAAUGAUAUGGGUUUUGCUCAUUGUUGAAGGAUGCACAGUGACCUAUAUAUCCCUUAAAUCUAAAUCAUUUGGACUCGGUUGGAUAAUUGUUUCAUUGGCAAUUAUACCACAUCUACUUAAUUUUAUAAUUAUUUAAAGACGUGCUGAGGGUUUUAGUGAAUAACAUUGAUAAAUGUUUAUGUUUGAUUUCUAGCUGACAUUUAAGCAUUCCUUGAAACUUAUACUUUUAACAUGUUUCAUCCAAGCUCGUAUUUUAAUCAAUGUAAACAUUCAACAAAUUGUGUACCUUUUUUUAUGGCUGGGAAAUUAAAAUGAAAAAAUGAACUUCAGGGAAAUAUGAAUGAAAAAAUUGAAAAUUUCCUGUUGUAAGGCUUAAAAUAAUACAUGUAAAUUUUACUUCAUAUGGAGAUCUUGUUCCUUCAAAAUUUACUUCUUAUCGCUAAGUAUUUUUUAUCAGAACAAGUCACAGAAAUAUUAUAGUGCUGAUACAUUCAAAGACAGAAGUUUCAUAACCAAAAAAUGUACAUUCAACUCCAAACAUUUCACUUUAAAAUGAAAAAAAAAAAUAUUGUUCAAGCUCCACUUAAACAUUCUGUUGAUUGUAUUUACAGUGAAUGUUCAAUAAUGCAUUUGAUAAAAUAAAAUGUGUAGACAAAAUAGGUUGAAUUUCUUAGAAUUUAGUACAUUGUAUAUUGUUUAAGAACUUUACUUUACAAUAAAUGUUAUAAAGAUA